GCCGACUCAACGUGUUAUUUGUUUUUAGCUGGCUUGGUAGUUAGCUUCAGUUUUGUCGAGGUCUUUCUGGGAAAUAUCGUCAAAACAAUGGCUUCCCUUGAUAUGGACGGCAUACCAGAUCCUGUUGGAAUCCAAGAAGAACCCUCAAUCUUUCGCUGUAAAAAGUGCCGAAGAUGUGUUGUAGACUCAUCAUGCUUGCUUUCAGCCUCCAAAGACCUCCUGGCUGGAUGUUCAGUGUGGCAUGUGGAUGUGGAUGCUUUGCCUGACUGGAUCCUGUCACUUAUUAAUCAGGUUCACUGGACGACAGGGAAACUGAACUGCCAGCACUGUGGCGCACGUCUUGGUGGUUUCAACUUUCUAAACCAUUCACAAUGUCCCUGUGGACAUGAAACAACCGUACACCUCAUUAAAAGCCGCGUUGAUCAGGUUGUAAAGCAUCUGGUCUACUUGAGCAGACCAGGUACAGCUAGAGUACACACAGAGUUUAAGGUUAAACAUGCAGACCAGGAAGGACCAGAGGGCAGGAAUCUGGGAUGUGAUCUACAUCAGGUCACUCAUGGACUAAACCCAGAGCCUGCACUCCAGAGCAGACAAAUACAAGCAACUCAGUUUCAUGGUGAGACAUGUGUCAUUUCAACAUGCAGUCGUCCCCUUUCUUUGCCUCUUAUUUAUCCUGUACAUGAGCAAGUAAACGAGGCAGGGCCUCACGAUGCUAAUGACCACAUACAGCUGACACCACCAGAACUAUCAGAUCACCUACAGAACCAGGAUGGUCAUCUUGAUUCCUUUCCAUCACCUACUGAGGAUGCAGUCAUGGGACAAACAGACAUCAGUGAAGGUGUUAGAGAGGAAAUACAGGAUCGUGUCUGCUCCACGCCUGUGCAGCUGUUGACCAAAAGGGAGAAGAAUCAUUUAAAAACCCUGAGGAGAAAGCAGAGAAAGAAAGAACGCUGGAUUCAGAGACAACUUGAGGAGAAGGUGAGUGACGCCCUUAACACCGGUGCAGAGGGAAAACCUGGGCCGGUAUGCUGGCACGACGGGGAGCCGGAGCAUCUCCAGAAUCAGGGCUCUGCAAGGGAGGUGGAGGCUGUGAUCCGGAUCCCCGACGCGCCAGAGACCGCCCCUGAUCGGGCUGGAACGUAUUGCAUACCGAGUGUGAGCUGGAAUCUUACAAGCAGCAAUGAAGAGGAGAAGGAGGGCUGCAUGUGUGCCGUGUGUCUGGACGUGUACUACAAGCCAUACAUGUGUCAGCCCUGCAGCCAUGUGUUCUGUGAGCCAUGUCUGAGGACACUGGCAAAGAGCCGGGCCAACAGCACGCCAUGCCCCCUCUGCAGAACUCUCAUAUCGCAUGUGAUCUUCCAGGAAGAGCUUCACCAGCGCACAAGGACCCAUUUCCCCAAAGAAUACCGCAUGAGAAAUGAGACUUUCCAAAAGACCAGCUAUUCUAAAUGGCCCCUGCCCAGUUCACCGAAACAUUUUCACAUUUUAUGGGGCCUGCAGAGACACAGAGCCUCGGCUGGUCAGUGGCAAUUCCCUCUCAGAGCAUUGGGACUGAACAGACUGGAACUCCGAGACAUAAGGGGCUGGACAUUUCACUCUGAUAUGAUCACCUUCAUCUUCUCUAUCCACUGGGUGCUUGCCUUUUUUAUCAUCUUGUGUGGCCUUUUCUACAUCUUCCUCUGGUGAUAUGAUGAGAACUCAACCAUUUCAGAGUUGCAUGAGGCAAAGCUGUGGAUAUAUAAUCACUAUACACAUUACGUGCAGUUUUUUUUUAGAGAGUAAAAAGUAUUUUUGAAAUGAUAUCUGGUUCAGAUAUACUGUUCAGGAGUGGGUUUCCUGAAAGCCGCUUAAGGGCAAGAGUGUCUUUAACGGUCUCUUAAAAAUCAUCGUUAAACUAACAUGGUUUUCCUGAACAACGUUGUAGCCAAAGUAUUUACUUUAGUUCCCUCUUAACUUACGAUGGACCUGGAUCACUCUUUCAUAGCAAAGAGUGUCUCCUCACAGCGGAAUACACAAACUGUGCAUGCACCUUAAAGGGACUGUUCCAAUCAAUGGGCGGAAACUGGUGUUGAAUGUGCUGCCAGUAUGCAGUGUUAAACUAUUUUUCUUGUAUAUUGCAAGUACAUUGAGUUAAUUAUUAAAUAUACAUAAAACAUUAUGAAUAUAUUUCAAUGUUAUGGAAUUCUCAUCUCAUCUCAUUAUCCGUAGCCACUUCAUCCUGUUCUACAGGGUCGCAGGCAAGCUGGAGCCCAUCCCAGCUGACUACGGGCGAAAGGCGGGGUACACCCUGGACAAGUCGCCAGGUCAUCACAGGGCUGACACAUAGACACAGACAACCAUUCACACUCACGUUUACACCUACGGUCAAUUUAGAGUCACCAGUUAACCUAACCUGCAUGUUUUUGGACUGUGGGGGAAACCGGAGCACCCAGAGGAAACCCACGCGGACACGGGUAGAACAUGCAAACUCCGCACAGAAAGGCCCUCGCCGGCCACGGGGCUCGAACCCGGACCUUCUUGCCUUGAGGCAACAGCGCUAACCACUACACCACUGUGCCGCCCUGUUAUGGAAUUGUGUAUUAAAUGAAAUAUUGUAAUGUCACAUUAUCACCACAUUUUAAUAAAAUGUAACUCCAUUAUUAGGCAAGUGGUUAUUUAAUUUGGUGUCCUAAAUGAGACAAUGCUCUGUACCUGUAACAUUGUACCUACAUAAAGGGCAAAACAUUGCCAACUUGGCAUUGUGAAUAACAGUUGAAAUAAUCAUGGCUGCAGUACGAAGCUCCACUUGUCUGGCCAGUAGGUCUAGUUUUGCCUGUUUAAGGCCCAUCUGCUCCUGUGGGUGCUGCUCCCUUUGGUCAUGCAGGUCUCGGCGCAAAUGGAGUCGAUCCUUUUCAAUGUUGAACAGCUCCCGGCUCCACUGACACUCAGACAGCUGUACUUUGGCUACCUGCAGUCUGGCAAGCAAUCAGCUGAGAGGGUCCAGGGGAUGGGAAGGGGAGAGGCACUGUGGUCUGUGGAGGAGGCAGGUGAUGGGAUAGAUACUGUACCUCCUUCAUAUGCCAAAUACCACUUGGCUGCAUGGUAAUUUAUAAUGGACAUUUAAGCUCUUGACUGGGAUUCGUUCAUGUGAACGUUUGUUCAUUUAACAAAAACAAAAAAGCGCUUGGAAUAAAAAUUGUAUCGUCCAAAAAUGUAAAAUAGUUUAAAUUAUUAAUUACCAUAUUAUAUAAGUAAUGCUUAAUGACAAUACAAUAUACCGUAUUUUCUGGACUAUAGAGCGCACCUGUAUAUAAGCCGCAUCCGCUCUAUUUUUAAAAAAAAAUUUAAAAAAAGAUAUACAAGCCGCACCGGGCUAUAAGCCGCAGAUAUCUAUGUUGAAAAAUUAGAUAUUUAUCUGCAUGUACAGAACGAUUUUGUACUGUAAAUGUACAUGUAUGUACCUGAACAGAUUCUUUCCGAACAGUGCCUUUUAACACAGCAGCAACUUUGCUGAUUAAAACGGAACAGAACCAAGAGAAAAUAACCGGUAUUUAUUUACCUUCAUUUCUCCUGUGUUUGAAACCACAAGUCACUUUAAUCAUCUUCGCUGGAUUUGAAAAUAAUUACCAGUUAGUAAUUUGUCGUGCAUGUUCUAUCUGCUAAAGAUCUGCUAAUUCUUCUUUGCAUUGAUUUUUCGUCUAUCUUAUUUUUGAUUCUACUUCCGGUUAGAGCGCCCCUAGCGGUGGAAGAAAAAUCCACAGAAUAGCCGCACCUUUGUAUAAGCCGCAUGGUUCAAAACCUAGGAAAAAAGUAGCGGCUUAUAGUCCAGAAAAUACGGUAUUCACGUAUUUUAAUUACUUUUAUAUUUGCAUAUAUAUAUGCACAUUGCAAAGAAGCUCUUAGCAAAGUUGAUCUUAAGAGUCCUUUUUAUGAGUGUGUUCAGGAAAACCAUGUACAGUGACCAUGUUCAUCACUUACGUAAGAGCAUCUUUAAACUCCCUUUUUAAUUCUUCAUGUUAUCAGGAAACCCACCCCAGGUCAUUUUGAGCUGAGAGUAACAAAGUGAUGAUAAAAGUGUUAAUAAUGACUGGCUUGAAUCUGAACCAAAAAGGUGAUAUUAGUAGUGCCCCAUUCCCUUAUCACUUAUCUCUUAUUUUCACAACCAAUUCCCAUCAGGGUAAUCCCUCCAGCAUGAGAAGUGACUUUGGAGUAGUCAUAUUGCUAAUAAUCAAGAUAGGAUACAAUGUACUGGAUGUAUUGGGGUUUUGAAAGUGUGUUUUACUGCUUAUUGUGUUUUAAGUUCAUUCAUUCAUUCAUUCAUUCAUUCAUUUUCUGUAACCACUUUUUCCUGAUUAGGGUCAUGGUGAAUCCACAGCCUAUCCCAGGAACAUUGGGUGUGAGGUGUGAAUACACCAUGGAACAGAUGCACAAGUGCAUCCCAUAUUUAAUUUGCAUUUAGUGACACACGAAUCUCCGUAAAAUAAAAAUUUACAGAGAGCUGAAAUGUGAAAUGACAAAAAAGCUAUUUGUACUUAUGUCUACACCAUUAAAAUAUUUAGUCAUGUAACAGCACCUGAAAAGAGUAAAAUUAUGAGACAAAUUACAGAAAAGGUGAAUUAGGUAUAAAUUAAGUGAUGUGGAAACAAAAUGGUUUGAUUAUAAAAAUGGAGAAAAAUUUACACUGAUCACCAAGCAUAUUACACAGGGGAAACUGCUAUGGGGUUUUGUUUGUAAUUAAUUAAAAUUAAGUCUCAGCCUUUCAGAAAGCCUCUCAUUAGCCUCACACCCACUUCAAACUCUCACACUCCUGUGUGGCCUCUGCAAUGCUAUGUUGGAAAAGCAUGUGGGGCUAUGUUAUAAGGAAACCUGAUGUACUCCGGUUGCUUAAUGGAGGUAUGCAACACUAGGAGCAUUCAUUGCAGCUUGAGACACACUAGGUCAAUCACUUAAUCAUGGCUCUAAACUGUUGCACAGCAUUAAAAGAUGCUGCCAUGUUUAGCAGCUAGUUUCUUAAUUUGA